CACUUUUACACAUACAGCACAAAAAAGAAAAAUUCCAAACAAAUAGUCUCCCCCACCAAAACCCCAAAAACCUCUUCUAAAACCCUUGCAAUUUCAGUCCUAUCACCACAAACAUGAAUCCCAAUUUCGAUAAUCUCCUUCUCCAAUCAUUAAUGGGUCGACUCCAAAUUCGUCCUCCUCCUUCAACUUCAAUCCCACCGCCUUUUCUUUCACCUCAAUCCCUCGAAGACCUUCUCUUCAACAAUCUCCCUUCCGAUGACGACGAAGAAGAAGAUCAAGACUUUAGUUCCUCUUCAAAAUCCGAGCUCUCAAAGGAAGAAUCCCGUCUUGAAAAACAAAUUAUCCGUACAAUCCUCAGCGGAAAAAUUGAAACUUUGAAACCCAAUUCGGGUCAGGCUGUAACGAUUGGGGAGCAUCAUAUUUGUGUCGGGUUUCAUGAGGACCCGGGUUCGGAUUAUCGGGUAUGGGAAUGGCAUGGUCAUAUUAUGCUGUUUGAUGAGGAAAAUGGGUAUACGCCUGAGUAUAUUUAUGGGAAUUAUUUUGAAAGAGUUACUACUGUUAAGGUGACGAAGAAGAAGCAAGAGGAGGAGGAAGAGGAAGUUGAGAAAGAGGAGAAAGUUGGGAAUUUAGGGUUGAAGGAGUUGAUUGAAUCGGGUGACUCUAAUAGUGAGGGUCGGAUUCUUCGGAGGAAUAUGAAUGCUGGCUCUCCGAGGGUCUAGCUGGCAGACUUGUGAAUUUGCUCUUUUUCACAAUGAGAGGCACUUUGAGGUGCUAUGCGCAUUUUCCUUUUGCCGCAUGGAGUUUCUUUCACUUUCCCUUUUCCGAGCUACUUGGUAUUUGAAUGGCAAGACCAAGUAGCUUGGAAAGUUAGGAGAACACAGGCUUGAAGUGAAAGGUUUGGAGCUCCCUGGUGAGCAGCUCGGAGUUGAGACUACUUUUCUUCGAUCAACUCUUUUGUUAAUUUCCGAACACUAUUGCCCGAGUUUUUUGGGUUGAUUGCAGAUAAAAAUACAUUCACUUUCUUAAUGUUUGGUUGUCACUGAACUUGUUUUUGUGCUUGACUAAUAGUUUGAUUGUCGCUGAACUAGUUUGAGUAUGUUUUAAAUGUUGACAAUACUUUUUACUGUAAA